CUUGCGCCUCGUGGGUUGCGCGAGGACGAGAUUUUCCUAUCCCGUCUUCUGGCUUGUCUCCUGCCGCGACUGUCCGCAUACCCCACCGCCUCGAUAUCUUACGUCUCUAUCUGCACAAAUAUGGAGAGCAUUCACGGGAACCCGCCCCAGCGCGAUCUCUUCUCUAGGGGAUCGUCCCCGCCCCAACAGGCGCCCGUCCCGUUCGCCGCUCAUCCAAACGCAAGCAGCAGCCAGCUCGACUCCCUUCUCCAGAACCUCACCUCCCCGACCUCGGAGCAGCCGCCGUCGACAAAUUUCCCGAAUCCCUCAUCCGCUAGCUUCGCCACACCUUCGACCCUUCCUCAGCCGUUCACCGGAUCGGGUCCGGGUACGCCAGUAAUGUCAAUGGACGCGCACCGGGAUUCCCCUGCAUCGCACCACUCCGGGAGCAUGACGACGGCGGAGAGGCAGAGCGCUCUCCUAUCUCUUCUCAAUCAGCCCAUGUCCGGCGUCAAUGUCCACCGCACGGGCGGGAGCACUGGCUCUCUGCCCCAGCAAGUCUCCACCCCACCAGAAUCCUCGCAGAGAUCGGGCGCAUCACCGACUCACAACGAAGCGCAGGGCAAGAUCUUGCUGGAGCAGUUGAUGGCCGGGCCGGCCUCAAGGUCGAUCUAUCCCGAGUCGCAGCCGGCUCCCCCUAUGUCAGGGCCUCCCUCGGCGCCGUCGCCCACUUACGGCAAUGGGCCCUCUCCACAGCAAUGGGAGCAGAGCAUGCAGCCUCAGGAUUAUCGCUCCAACCAAGAUAUGGACUAUCAUGCCCAAUACGAUCCGCAGCCUAGCUUCGUUGCGCCUCCUCAGCAGGUCUCACCUCCCCUUCCCCCUCAAACUCAGCAGGCUGCCGCGCAGCCACUGCCCCCCUCGCCGCCUAAAUCUAUGUUCGAUUUUGUCUCCCCCUUCGAUGCGCUCCAGUCCGCGACUGGGUCGAUCAGGAAGAAGCCCGUGCCGACCUCGAGCGUCCCGUCGAGCGGGAACGAGGACUCGUCGUGGACGGCCAUCUCGGACCCCAAGCGGCGGUCGGUCGAGAAUCUGCUGGAGAACCUGACCCUGAAUUCUCCUCCUCAGCCGCCGCCCGCCACGUUUGAGAGCUUUGGUAGCAUGCCCCCGCAGCCAGACUAUGGAGGCACGGAUCCGCUCGACCUGGCUAUGGGCAACCGAUAUGGCCCUCCGCCGCCGCUGCCGCAGAACUUGCAGCCGCCGCCCCAGCCGAAGCCGGUUCCUCAGCGCGUUGAUUCGCCUAGAGCGAGUCCGCCUAAGAACCAGGCUCAGCGGGUGUCGCAGGCGAUUCCUGCUAGUCAGCGGCGCGACAAGGAGGGUUCUCCUGGUCCUCGAGGCAGCGUCAGGGGAAAGAAGAACAAGAACCAGGCUAGCCCUAGUUCGCAGUCACAGAACAUCGUGAUCGACGUCUCGCAAUCUCUUGAGGAGAUUCAGACGACGCGCGACCUCGUCAAGUCCACUGCCAUCGCCCUGGUCAAGCAGGAUGCCGUCUUCCUGCCUGGAACGACCAUCGGUGCGACGCACUGGGUGGCCUACGCCAUGACGCGCGGUCGUGUUCGUGUUAUCUCUCGGUCGAGCGGCGACCGGACUCUUCUCCAGCUUCCUCCUCUCUUCCCUCAAACCACGAGCGUCACCGACAUGGCUGUCUACGGCAAUCGACUUGCCGGCGUGACCUCGGACGGUGGCUUCGUCGUUUGGGAGCUGCCCGAGAUGAUUACGGACGAUGUCCCGGGCCGACUCAUUCUUUGCGUGGCGCCAUCGCCCAUGUCGGAUGCCUUGCAUUCCGUCAAGUGGCACCCGAAGGAGCCCGACGUCCUCGCCGUCGCGUCCGAGCGAACUGUCUUCCUCAUCGACUUCAGUGUGCUUCCAGAUCUGACUGGCAAAGUCUUGCCCAUCACCGACCUCAACCACUAUGCUCAGGGCUUCAACCCGCAGUCGCCUGUCGUCGCUUUUGACUUCGAUACCAUUCACUACGGCAUUGCGACGAUCUCCGACGAUUCGACUCUCACCAUUUGGAACAUCAACGACCGCGUCCCAUACACGAACCACCCUGUGCGCGGCGAGGGUGUCCCGUCCUCUCUCCUCUUCGUCGACGGUGCCAUCGUCGUCGGUCGCAAGAAUGGGACCAUCUUCCAGCUCCUGAAUUUGACUACCAAGGCGAUCCUAUCGACCAUCAAGUUCGUCAACGGGGACAACGAGGACCGCGAGAUGUUCGGCCACGCCAGCUACGAUACGCGCAUCCAGACCCUUUGGAUCGCCAACUGCCGCCGCGACAGCUUCUUCGGCUUCAAGAUCAACUUCGAGCCGCGCGAUGAGGCGACGAGCGGGUACUUCGAGCAGGUCGUCGAGUUCCCCGGACCCAAGCCGACUAUCCACUUUGUGAUCCUGACGGCAGACUCUGACCCGACUGGUGACGAGGCACAUGCUGCAUGCAUCGCAGCCAAGGUCCCACCGGGCGAGCUGGCCCUCGUCGCCUUCUCUGUCCACUCCACGGGCGUCGACCAGGUUCUCAUCCGCAAGGAGUGGUACGACACCGCGUUCGCGACCGUCCUCGCCAAGCUUCCCCAGUCCGCCCCGCCGCCGCAGUUCCAGCAGCAGAUCAACGAGCCCAAGCAACGUCCCUUCCUCUCCGGCCCCCAGAACUCGAACGUGCGCACCCGCACGCCGCCCUCCGAAGAGGUCGACGCCGACGUCGCGCGCGAAGAGCCGCGGCAGGAGGGCGGCCGCAAGGGCCGGGGCAAGAACGUCAACUUCAAGGACAAGGACGAGAACGCGCCCGAAAAGGAGAAGCGUGGCAAGUCCGCGAACGCGAACAACACGGAUAGCGGGAGCGAGACGGCGCUCAGCCAGAUCCUGACCAAGGAGAUCCGCAAGACGGAGGACAAUCUGCACCAGCGCAUCAGCAGGCUCAUUGGGAAGGAGAUGGACAAGCAGCAUGCCCGUCUCGAGGAGUCGCGCGCGCACGACCAGGCGGAGGAGAUCACUCGCCAAGAGAAGAUCCUGAAGCUUAUCUCGCAGGAGCUGUCGCGCAACACCACUCGCGUCGUUGAGAUCGCUGUCAAGAACGAGGUGCAGAAUUCAGUGCUGCCGGCGCUGGAGAACAUGACGAGGACCGAGGUCAAGGCCGCGCUCAACGAGCGCGUUGGCCGUGGCCUGGUUGACUUCAUGAGCCAAAGCCUGCCUGCUGAGAUCGAGAAGAUGAUUCUUCGCCCUGAUAUGGCACAGCACUUCUCGAACAUGUUGUCUUCUGCCCUCGUGCCCGCGAUCGAGCGCCACGUCAAGGAGUCCAUGAGCAAGUCGGUCAUCCCGGCGUACCAGCAGCACAACGCGGCCCUGCAUCAGGAACUGCUCAGGGAGCUGCGCGCUGAGUUGCAUGGCGUCAAGUCCGAGAUGUCUGCUUGGCAGAACGAGGCGUUCCGUAACCAGGAAUCCAUCAAGCAGCUGGAGCACACCGUCCGCGCCCUUUCUGAGCAGAUCAAGUUCAGCAACGCUGGUACCCCUACCUCCCAGCCGGGCUCGCACGGCCCUUCGCAGGUUACGCACUCCCUAUCGCAGCCUGCGCCACAGAACCGGCCCAACCUCCCACCCGUGCCCAACUACCACUACGGGUCCGCACCCUACCCCCCUCAGGCGCAGGCGCCGCCCCCGCCCCCUCCGCAGAUGCAGAACUGGUACACCGGCGGCAUCGUCGCGCCGCAGGCGUCGCACCCGCUGGUGCCGCCGCCGCCGAUCGCGCAGGAACGCAUCGUGCCGCCGCCGGCGAUGAAGUCCGAGCAGUGGGAUGAGAUCUACCUCAGCACGUUGCACACCCAGGAUCUGAACAAGCUGCGCGACCUGCUCGCCAGGAGCGACGCGGAUGUUGUUAUGCCGCCUAACGGGCCAGUCCUCGUUUCGCAGGCUGUCAUACUCACACUCAUUCAUCGCCUUGCCGCCGCUCUCGGCGAAACGUCUCCUACGGACGAUGCCUUCAAGUCGUCGCUGUGGUGGCUCCAGCGUGCUGUUGCCAUCCUGCGUCCUGAGGACAAGCUAAUUUCUGACUUCAUCCCCCGUGUUGUGCCCAACGUGCAGCAGUCUCUGAACACGACCAAGCAACGACUAUCUAUCCUCCCCGGCGGAGGCACUUACGAAGGCGCGCGGGCCAUCUCGGAGGUGCAGGAAGCACUGCGCCGCAAGGUGGUCGCUUGAGCCUGAUGACCUGACUUGACGUUUCUUGUUGUACGACUUCUUUCACGCUUUGUUCGAGGAAUGCUUUAUUAUGGUUGCUUUCAUGUCCAUACACUGUAAAACUUCUGCAUAUAUCCCAUCUCUUUCUUGCCUUC